AUGACCCUUUCCUCUGGUGUAGUGCCGCAAAGGGAUGGUCAGAGGCAAUUCUACAUCUUUGGCCAUAACAUCUCACACUCACUAUCUCCAACACUUCACAACGCCGGGUUCAAGGCUCUUGACCUGCCACAUCACUAUCAAAUCCACGAGAGCGAAAAUGUCGAUGGGUCAGUUGAGAGCAUAAUCCAGCAACCUGACUUUGGCGGUGCAUCCGUCACCUUUCCACACAAGCUACAGAUCGGCAAGUUGUUGGGAUCAGUCUCUCCAAGAGGAGAGAGUAUUGGAGCUAUCAAUACCGUUGUUGUCAUAGAAGUCAAUGGAAAAAGAGUGCUUCACGGGGACAACACUGACUGGAUUGGUAUCAAGAGAUGUGUUGAAAGGGCCGGAACUCGACACUUUGCUUCUUCGUCAGCCCUGGUACUGGGUGCUGGAGGUGCCGCGAGAGCUGCAUGCUACGCUGUCCAGACCCUAGGCUUUGGGGAGCUCAUUGUUGUGAACAGGACGCUGAGCAAGGCUGAGGAAUUAGCGUCUAGGUUUCCUGACCUCAAGACCCGGUCAUUCGCAACAUUGGAGGAGGCUGCAACAGCAAAGGAUGCUCAGAUCAGGCUUUUAGUUGCAUGUGUGCCAGCUGAUGACCUGGGAGCCGACAAGAUCCCGAGCGGCCUGUUCUCGGGAACUGGAGAUGGAGUGUUGGUAGAGAUGGCUUAUAGACCGCAAGUCACUGGGAUGAUGACAGUCGCCGAGCGAUAUCCUGGUUGGAGGGUUUAUAGGGGAGUCGAUGUGCUUGAGGAGCAGGCAUACGCCCAGUUCGAGCUGUGGACUGGAAGGCAGGCUCCGGUUGAGGCUAUGAGAAGUGCUAUGCAGGCGAAGUUGAGGGAGAAGAUAUGA